AUGUCGUCUCUAAGCGGGCCUUCAACGCUUGGUCGUGAAACACGCUUUGUCCCCCCUGAUAACAUCGAGGUGCGAGCUUGCCCUUUUGGAAACGAGCCAUCGAAACACCAAGCCACAACCACCCGUUACGGCGCUUCUGACCCCAAGGAAGUUUCUCGUCAUGGCAGAAUGCCGGUCUCGUCUGGUGAAGGGAAAGACCCUUUGUUGAGCAAGAAGCAGAAGCUAGAUCACAAAGCUGAACCUUUGAGUGGACAACCGUCGGAUAUUGAGAGAAUUCUAGCAAGCCUUUCUCCCAAGACCCUCCAACCCACCUGCUCCGAUGCCGAUCCCUCCUCUGGGAUAUCCCAGACCACUUCGAUUUUGAAACCACCACCUGCUUCAUAUCCCACAGAUUCUCACCAGACCCACAACCAGGAGGAUAGCACAGGGGAGUUGCGUCGUCUCAGGCAAGAGUUGCUGGUUGCAAACUCAAAAAUAGCUUCGCAGGAGCAAGAGCUUGCACAGACUCGGGUGAUAAAGCAUACGCUAGACCAAGCCCUUGGUCCUCCAUCGGAAGCAGAUUACAACAGUCAUGAGAUUAGAGAACCAAGUAUUGGUUCCCUACAGAACAUCUUCAUCGGGUCCAGCUCCACCUUCGGUCAACACCAAGAUUCUUGGGUCGGUCAAGACGACUCGCAGUCUGACAUCUCGGACCCGUUGUCUGGAGGGUCCUAUGGUGGAGCUCGCGGGCCGUGGGCCCGCCAUGAGCUUCCUCUUGACAGGGACUACAGUGUGCCUUUUUUGGCUUCCAACAAUUCUUCAAGCCAGGAUCCAAGCCACUUUUGGGGCACUUCUGAUGUCUAUCCUCCGCUCACGGGACCUUCGUCUUUGCAGUCUCAGCGAAUCCUUUCAGGGCCUUCGAUUAGUCCAUGUGGGUUCUACUCGCGCCCCAUCGGCGACCAGACGCAGAUUCUAACAAGCUCAAUUGCUGGACCUCGUCGUUCUAACAUUCAAUGCAGCCGAGUUGGGUCUCUGUUUCCACCUCAGUCUAAUCCUUGGAGUGAUCUUUCCUCUGCAUCUUCUAGUGAUCAUACCCCUAAGUCACCCAAAUCGCCCGAAAAGAAACCUGUCGGUACCUUUCACCAGGCGGGCUUUUACCCAGUGCCUUCUUAUCCCCCUCGGGCAAUUGGAAGCCCUCUUUCUCCUACUGCCAGUGAGUUCACUGGCUCCAGUGUUAAUGAUAGCUCUUGGUCUACUUCUACGGUGAGCGGCAAUUCAAUCCAAACAUAUGUAUCGCCGCUUGAGCCUCUCAACUACCGACGGCUCCUUGACAAGAAUGUGUCGUGUGACUGGAAGUAUAUUGUAGACAAGAUAGUCUGCAGUAAUGACCAGCAAGCGUCCAUCUUCUUGCAACAAAAACUGAAAGUCGGCACUACCGAACAGAAAUAUGAUAUUAUUGAGGCGAUCGUUCGCCAAGCCUACUUACUCAUGGUCAAUCGCUUUGGAAAUUUUCUUGUUCAACGCUGUUUUGAGCAUGGAACCCCCGAGCAGGUUGUUGCCAUUGCCAAUGCAAUCAGCGGAAAUACGCUCACUCUGAGCAUGGAUCCAUUCGGUUGCCACGUGAUUCAAAAGGCUUUUGACUGUGUUCCAGAAGAGCAUAAAGCUGUCAUGGUGCAUGAACUUCUCCGCCAAAUUCCCGAGACCGUGAUCCAUCGAUAUGCCUGUCAUGUUUGGCAAAAGCUCUUUGAGCUUCGAUGGAGUGGGGAGCCUCCACAGAUUAUGAUCAAAGUAAACGAGGCUCUACAGGGGAUGUGGCAUGAAGUUGCUCUGGGGGAGACUGGAAGCUUGGUGGUUCAAAACAUCUUUGAAAACUGCGUCGAGGAUGAAAAGCGACCGGCAAUCGAAGAAGUGUUGGCAAAGACCGACGUGCUCGCUCAUGGGCAGUUCGGAAACUGGUGCAUCCAACACAUCUGUGAGCACGGUGCUCCCCAUGAUAAGAGCCGAGCUGUGGAGCAUGUUCUCCACUGGGCUGUUGAUUACAGCAUGGAUCAGUUCGCGUCUAAAAUUGUGGAAAAGUGCCUCAAAAUCGGUGGGACGGAGUUCAUGGACCGGUAUCUCACUCGCGUCUGCACCGGGCGCUCUGACCGACCUCGUAUGCCGUUGAUUGACAUAGCGGGGGAUCAGUACGGCAAUUAUCUUAUUCAAUGGAUUUUGAUGAAUGCUCCAUCUCACCAACGAGAGGUUGUGGCUAGUCAUAUCAGAAAACACAUGGUGUCCCUUCGGGGCUCCAAAUUUGGCUCUCGUGUGGCCAUGCUUUGCUGUAACCCAUCUCAUGCUACACGCCCAGGUCCUGGUGCCGGUAUGCAAAUCGGCCGCUUCAACAACUUCAACGAAGACAAAUUCUCUACCACAACUCAGUCCAGUGGUCGAUUCGGUCGUGGAAAUCAAUGGGGUCCCAAUUAUGCACCCGUCCAUUGA